AUGCCUGUCAAAAGGGGAGUCAUCGCUUUCACAUACGCGUUUGCCGCCGGCUUCUUCGAGGAACUUGGCUGGACUGCGUUUGCCGUGCAUGAACUGAAAUCCAGACACCGGAUCCUUGGAACGGGUCUUAGGGUCGGCAUUGCGUGGGGUGCAUGGCACCUACUUGUAGCAGUCUGGGGAAGUGCCGAACUGGACGAGCCUAGAGCAUUUUCUGCUACUGCUUUUCUCCCGCAGCUCCUCUUUUACGCCAUGGUGCUGCCAGCGUACAGGAUCCUGUUGGUCUGGAUAUAUGAACGAACAUCCUGCAUAAGCGCCGCCAUGGUAAUGCAUGCGAGCCUCACUGCUAGUCUACCACUAGCUCUUGCACCUUCAGCUACUGGGCUGAAUCUCGCUCUUGCCUACCUUGUAUUGGCUGUUGUCCUGUGGGCAGGUAUCGCGAUUGCCACUUCAACCGGAGCGUUUCGCUCGUCGAGGAAUGAGCAGAUGUUGGCACUGCGUGGGCUACUUGUUUGUGGAGCGACUUCGAUUCUCCCCUAUCUCGCUUCGCUCAUUCUUUUGGCUGCAGGUCGGUACAACAACUGUGCAGAAUCACAAUCAUGCAUUGUCGAGACUGCCCGUGGAGCUGCAAACAGAGCUCAGAUUGGUCCAUUAAUCGUCACUCACAACCUUCUCACGAUAUUGUUCGGAAUAGGCUUAGGAUCAGGAGACCUCAAAACAUUCCCGCUUCAUUUGGUAGCAUUUGGGGCAAUCGGUAUGGGAGUCCAGGCAGCAGCAAUAGGACUGCUGUCUUUCAUCCAUUCAGGAGAAACCAGUGGGACUUACAUUGAUACCUUGCGCGGAAUAUUUAUGUCUUCGGAGUCACUGUUGAGACUGCUAGCAAUUGGACCUGGGACUGUCAUAGCUGGGCCAACAUUCAGUUUGUAUACCUUGCUGAGCAUAGCACUCUGUCUCCUUGAGGCAUGCGUCAAAGCUACAGACAGCUCAGCGCAUGCAAAUGAUCCAUAUGGGCCUUGGAAACCGAUCUGGGAAAGUGUCGGCAAACUGAUUUAUUUGCAAUGGGUCUUCGUCUUGUCAAUCAUGCAAGCCCGAAAAUUGCAAGGAAAAUUGAUCGAUGCUCAGUUCAAGAAGUCUAGUUAG